AAGCAUCUUAAGAUGAAGAUUAUUCAAAUACUUUUCCUUUUUACAUUUUUCUCAUUCAUAACUUCCCAUGCUUCUGUAAACGAUUUCUGUGUUGCAGAUUUAAAGGCUCCAAACACCAAUUCAGGCUAUCCUUGCAAACCUGUGGCGAGCAUCACAUCAGACGAUUUCGUCUUUCAUGGCCUUGUAGCGGGAAAUACCAGCAACUCUUUCAAAAUUGGAGUCACCUCAGCAACUGUCACCAAUUUUCCUGCCCUUAAUGGACUUGGAAUAUCUGCGGUGCGUGUAGAUAUGGAGGAAGGAGGAUUAUCUCCAAUGCACACUCAUCCUGAUGCUACCGAAUUAGGGAUUGUCGUUCAAGGUGAAUUUACUGCUGGAUUUUUGACCCCUACUUCAUUUUAUUCCAAGGUGUUGAAAGCGGGUGAUGUUUUCGUUGUUCCCAAAGGGAUGUUACAUUUUGCCAUUAAUUCUGGCAAGGGAAAAGCUAUUGGUUAUGUAAGUUUUAGUAGUGAAAAUCCUACAAUUCAUACACUUGAUUCUCUUUUGUUUGCCAAUAAGCUUCCUUCUGAUUUAGUUGCAAAAACUACCCUUCUUGAUAUUGAUCAAGUGAAGAAGUUAAAGGCUCGUUUUGGUGGAAGUGGGUAGGAAUAUAAGAAUUUAUUUUUAUAUUUUUAUCCUUAUUUUAAGAUACUACAGGGGGUUCGAUGGAUUAGGAAUCAAAUAAUAAUUUGAGUCAUACUCUUUCAAAAGAUAAUAUAAAUAAUAAUAGUCAUUUG